AUGCCUGUCAGUAUUUGUGAUAAAUGGAUGCCCCCCUCUUUCGGUUGGAUUAAAUGUAAUACUGAUGGUGCCUUUGAUGUUAUCUCUGGAGCAAAUGGUGCAGGGUAUGUGAUGCGAGACUUCACAAGAAAAGCAACCCUUUGUGCUUCCAUAGUCUUUGAUGUUCACACUGCUGAAGAAGCUGAAGCAAGAGCCAUCUGGGCAGUCUUAAAGAAAGCUGUGGAACAACAUCUAUCUCACAUCAUCAUAGAAAGUGAUGCGAAAGCUCUAAUCGACCAAUUUUCAGCUGGAAAUUUCGAUGGAGAUACUAGGACGGAUGCUAUCUUUAUAGACAUUCUCUUUUUCUCUACUAAGUUAUCUGCUUGUAUUUUUAGUUUUCAACGUAGAGUUUGUAAUUCUGUAGCUCAAGAGCUUGCUCUGUGGGCAAAACAAAACAAUUCUACCAUGUACUGGUCUAAACUCCCUGUUUGGAUUAUUCCAACAGUUGAGGAGGACCAUUAG